GAGGCCGCCCGUCGCCGCCGCUUAUGCAACACAUCAUCGAUAACCACCCCGACAUGGCCACCGCGCUGCUGGCGGGAGAGAAGCUGAAGGAGCUGAUCCUGCCGGGCCAGCAGGAUGACAAGGCGGGCGCGCUGGCGGCGCUGCUCCUGCAGCUGAAGCUGGAGCUGCCCUUCGACCGCGUGGUCACCAUCGGCACCGUCCUCAUCCCCAUCCUGCUCGUCACCCUGGUCUUCACCAAGAACUUCGCGGGUAAGGGCGGCGGGGCGGGGCGGGGCGGCCGCGCCCUCACGGCUGUGAAGAGCGGCCUUGUGCGGGGGGCAGCGGCGCGGUACGGGCACCUGGUGCCGUGCUGUGUGGCCGUGUCAGAAGUCUCCAGCGUGAUGGUUGUUGGCUUUUAAGGGCCUACAGUUUACAUACAGAUUUCUGCAGUUCAAGAAGCCCUGUUUGGUUGCCUGCUGCUCACAGUGCACGGCCCUUCCUGCCUUGAAGCUGGCUCAGGUGUUGAUGAGACUUGGAAAGUAUUGACCCCAAUACAUUGUGCAGCUCUCAGGCUGUUAGCAUUGCAGGUAGCCAUCACUGCCUCUCUCAUGCAUCGGCCUGAAGAGUGUGCAUGGCACUGUGUGGCUUGUUUGGUCCCCUGGAGCUUCACAGUGGGGAUCCAUGUGAAAUUACCAGUGUUUUAAUACACAGACUGGCAGGUUGUAGCUCGUAUGGUUAGUGGGACUUGGUUGUGGGCAGUCCAUCCAAACACAGCUGAGUGCAGUCCUUGACAUGUAGCUUGGGGAUUGACCUCCAACACAGACAUCCUUAACACUUUGCUUUCGCUGUCCUGUUACUUAGAAGAGUAACUGCUUGUGAAAAGCACCUUAGGUGGAGAUUUUUCUGGAUGAUAGCUUAAGCAUUUUGAAUUCACCCCAUUUUUUGAAUAUAUUUAAAUAUCUAAAGUUUUUCAGCCACAGUUGAUGAUAGCUUCGUGUUUUUGCAUGGUCAUCUAGAGGCCUCUUCAUGAAACCAUGUUCUCAGGGCACAAUGAGCCUGCUGAACACCUGAGAACUGUUCUUUUGCAGUGACUGAGAGGCAGGGAACUGCUGCUUCUGUGGAUCUUUAGUGUAGAAUAGAGAAGUGCUGGGAUCCCUUCCUCUGGUUUGUAGAAAGGAAACAGUAAUAAAAAGGCAUUUGCGGAAGGCACUGAGAGUGCCUGCUUAUAUACCUGCCUUCACAGUGCUGGUGAUUUACUGCUAGUAGGCCUCAGUUUGACCUUGGGAGCAAGAAAGGUUAUGCGCCCUUACUGUUGUGUGAGUUCACUGACAGGUCUGUUGAUGAAUCACUGCUUGUGCAGACAGCAGUAACUGUAACACUCUUUGAACAAAUCCUCUGAGGCUGCAGAUUGCGGAGGGAGCCACAAGUGUAAGUGACUCUGAGGUUCGUACAGCAGAUGUUCCUCCACAUGUCCACACUGUGGGCCAUGCAAGUUUUUGGAAGAGAAGAUGUCUACUGACUUCACUCAUUGCUCACAUCUGCCCGUGUUUCUGCAGUUGGGUUUGUUUUAUGCUGUGGAUGACUCCUUUCUAAGAUGGCAGUCGUGGCCUUGAAUGUUUCAGUUGAUUUUUGUUUCAGAAGUGCUGAAAGCAAUGGCAUUUGUUUCUAGUUACAGACCUUGUGUGCUCUCUUGGCCCUAUAAAAUCAUCUGCUUCUUAAGAGCAGUAACCUGUUGUGUCUUGUCUAGAGAAAGAUUUACAAGGCAACACAGAAACCUUCUUUAUGUCACUGGGACAGUGCUUUUACCUCAUUUGAUGCCAUUUGUUUGGUCAUUUGAUCUACAGCCAUCAAAAUAUGAGGAAAAAGGGAAAAGAUACAAGAGCAAGUUGUACAGGUUGUAAGGGGCCAAUGAAAUUGGGUUGAUUCUUUGGGUUGUAGCCUAAGAGCUCAGGAUUAGUGGAUUCAAUUCUACUUCGGAGUUCAGAAGCAAAACUCACAGAAUCACAGAAUGACCCGGGUUGGAAGGGACCUCAAGGAUCAUGUAGUUCCAACCCCCCUGCCUGGCAGGGCCAC